AUGUCUAGACAAUAUAUAAAUACGAUUCUGAUCAUCUCUUAGUCGCUAAAAUGUAUACUAAGGGUGACUUUACAUGCAAGAUUUUAGAUGUAUGGAUGUGAAGGUUAAAACAGUACAUAUAUUUAGGUCAUGUAUUAUAAAGUACUCUUCUUAGAAUAAUGCAGAUUUGGCUGCCCUCUUCUCCCCAGCCCAUAUCCCUUGCUAAAUUGUGUGCAUAGUGGCAAGCCUGUAUUUGUUAUUAUGUAUAGUGUGAUAGUUCCUUCCUUCCACUCUUAAUGUAAGAUUUAGGGCAGGAGUGGGCAACCUUUGGCCUACUCUCAGACAUUGCUGGACUCUGGUUCCCUUUAUCCCAAGCCUAUAUGGCCCAAUGGUCAGGAAUACUGGGAGUUGCAGUGUAUCUGUAGCUGGAGGGCCAUGUGUUGAUUUUAUGCAUCCCUGAUUUUAUGCAUGCAACCUUGUGAUACUAACCUCUGUAUAGUUCCACUUUCCUGUUCCCUAUUGCUACUGCCUGCAAAGUUUAAGCACAGGUGUAACUUAGUCUCCUAACUAACAUGGGUAAGUUUGUUUUUCCAGCUUGGGCUUCAAACAUCUCUCCUACGGGUAUUGCAGUUCUUGGUCUGGUGAAACACUAGUUCCUCACUAAUUUAUUUUGCUUCCAUUCUCCAGCUUUACCUUUUUGUAACUGCUGCAGCUUGAACUCUCUCAUGGUGGCUGAGAAAAGGGCAUGCCAAAAAGUUCUCCAUUACAGAGCUGUGAUUAUGGAGUUUGUUCAUAUUCUCAUCCAGUGUUCAGAAUGACUGAAGAUUUAACAGACAAUGGACCGAAUGUAUCCUGAUGGCAUUUUGUGCAUGGAGACAUGUUGCUUGCUAUGGCAUCUGAGACUGAAAAGGCCCAUGCUCUUCUCCAGUCAUUCAGCACAGCUUCUGUAAUUUCAAGCCUAGGAUUGGGGUUUUUCUGCUUUGUAGCAGAUAGACUUCUGCAGUUUUCCGUCAUUCAGCAGAAUGACUGGCUGCGAGCACUGUCUGAUAACACUGUGCAUGGUGUUGUGGGAUUUUGGUCUUGGGCAAUAGUGAUAGGACUCAAGAAGAAAAGUGACUUUACAGAAGUCAUUUUAGCUGGCUUUCUUUCAUCUGUCAUUGAUGUGGAUCACUUUGUUCUAGCUGGAUCUCUUUCAUUACAGGCUGCCCUGACUCUCCCACGAAGACCAUUCCUUCACUGUUCUACUGUGAUCCCUCUUGUGUGUUUGACAUUAAAGUUUAUUAUGCACCUUUUCAAGCUGAAGGAUUCCUGGUGCUUUCUUCCCUGGAUGCUGUUUAUCUCUUGGACUUCGCAUCACGUUCGAGAUGGAAUUCGUCAUGGCCUGUGGAUCUGCCCAUUUGGAAAGACUGCGCCCUUGCCUUACUGGCUUUAUGUGGCAAUCACGGCAUCGUUACCUCAUCUCUGUUCUUUUAUUAUGUAUUUAACAGGAACAAGAGAACUGAUGGCAACCAAACAUGGGAUGCGCAUUGAUGUCUAAUGAUAAUCUAGAAUGGUAGUGCUUGCAUCACUGAAGUAAUUGCCUCAUGUUUUCUGAGUUAGGUCUAAUGUUGAUUCUCUGAAACCACUGCUGCACAAGGUAAUGAACAUGCCCAAGCAAUCUCAUUAGCGUUUCCUGCACAUUUUUUUAUUCCAAAAUCACUUAAGUAUUUUGUAAAGUAUCAGUAAUAGCAGCUAUUCACUUCCGUGCUCUUCCCUUUGCCAGUCUCACAUUUUUGGGGGAUAUAUUGCUUAAAGAAAUCUUAUCUGUGUACAUUUUUAGGUGUUCACUUAAAAAAUGGUAAUAUGUGAGUUGGCCAGCAAAAGUGUAAGCAGGGCAAUUGUGUUGAACAGACAGGUUUGUGGGGAAUGUUGUGAUUUCCUGAGUCUGCCAGCAAAUUCCUUUAUGCCUUAAUGUGAACAGCAUGCCAUAAUAUAUUUUUUUUGUGGGGGGAAUAUGGUUUUGCAUGCAGCUUUUUUGGUUAGUGCUACCCUGAAAGAAACAAAAUGCUGCUAAGGCAUAGUUUGUAUAUAUUUUAUAUCACCACAAUCCAUUUGGGUGAGUUAAAUCAUAGCCUCUUCAAGUCUAAUUUUAUAUGUGUUUUAUAAACAUAGGGCACCAAAUGUUAUCAGUUGAAAUCCUCUACCUUAAAAUGGUCUGGGCUCUUGUCCUUCCUAGAUGGUUCCAGGAUAAGUUCAACUUUAGCUAGAUUCCUGAAGGUCAGUGUUUCUGAAAUGCUGUAAUUUGUUGUCUUAUUUUCUUAUAUUUAUUUUAGUGAAUGACAGCACCUCUUUGCUUGUACUGUAAUAGCAUUGUGUUUUGUUUACUACAUACUCGUUCAUUGUAAGUUAAGAGACUUUAAGCAGCUGGCUUAGGUUGCAAUCCUAGGCAUGGACAGAGACUCAGUGAGCUUGACUACUAAGCAGGG